AUGACGUUUAGAUUUCCGAUUUCCUUCCUUAAAAAUUUGGAAAUUAGCUAUAUUGACCAAUUUUAUUUCCCUAUAUUUUAUCUCUUACAAAUAAAUGUUAGAUCUCUCUUUUCACAACAACACCCGAAUAUGACCGCUCAUUCAAUCGUCGCACACGUUGAUAGCGUCCUUCCCAAGAAAUCUCGUGAGAUCGACCGUCGCCGCCGCAGACGGAAGCGGAAGAAGAAGAACAAAGCAUCUCAGGCCGAUGUAGAUGCAAUGGACGUGUCAAAAUCUCUGUCAAGCACUCCUACUGGUAUUGAGACACCGGAUGCAAUUGAACUUCGUAAGGAACAGAGAAAGGAACCUGAUAGGGCUCUAUACCAGGUACUUGAAGAAAAGGGAGAGAGUGUUGUUGCUCCUGGAACAUUGCUGAGAACUACACACACAUACGUUAUUAAGACUGGUACUCAGGACAAGACGGGAACCAAAAGGGUUGAUUUGCUGAGAGGGCAAAAGACAGAUAGAGUGGAUUUCAGUUUACAGCCAGAAGAGCUGGAUGCUAUGGGAAAUGUUUUACAGUAUGAGGAGGCAAGAGAAGAGGAGAAAUAG